UCGUUUCAAAAUGGCGUUUAUUUUGUAUUUGACGUUCGAGUCGUCGGCUUAAUUUGUUUUUUUCUUUAUGGUAAGUUUAUAUGUUGGUUAAAGGUAAAUAUAUAUAUUAAAUAUGAUGACCGAACAGCCACUAGUUACACCGGAAGUUUCGGGGACAUCCACAACUGAGGACAGAGACGACGUCUCGCAGAAUUUACAAGUUGUUAGAUUAAAACUAAAAAAACCCUCGACUCAGAAGAAAGUAAAAUGGUCGGAAGAAACUGUAGAUAAUGAAAAUCUGAACAAGAAAAAAUCCAAAUGUUGCUGUAUAUACGUGAAACCACUUGAAUUUGCAGAAAGUUCUUCUGACACGGAUGAUGAAUGCGAUCACUGCAGGGGGCACGUAGAGAUAAAACGCAAAGGUGAACCCAAGAAAGAAUUGCCUUCUGAUGAUCCAAACUCUGACAAGAGCGAAGAUGACAGUAUGGAUGGAAAAGACGACUUUGCCAAUAAUAUAUCAGUACAAAACGGAAAAAUUUAAAUAUAUUUAUUAUAAAAGAUAUAACGUUUUUGUAAUAAUGCACAUUGAUUUAUAGAUAACUUAGAAAACAUUUUAAUUGUUGGGUAAUAAACAAACAUGACAUUGUUUUGUUAAAAUUAUUUAUUUUUGUUUUUUAAUAUAUCUGUAUUUGAUUGUAUAUAAUAACUGUUUCUCUAUAAGUUAGAUGAUAAAAGUUGGCACACAAUUGUAAUCAGAAUGCAGUAAAUUAAAUAUAUUUACAGAA